UGUCGGUGGUCGCCCAGGACGCCGGCGGGGAGAGCGUUGGGGAGAGAAGCGCGCGUUCAUCGUCGCCGUCAUCUUCUUCUUCUUCUCCGAGGGAGGCCAGCGAGGGUUCGCGGGUGCGGCCAAAUGCGGAUGGAGAGGAGAAGAAGGGGAAGGACGGGUGAGGAGGAGGACGGCGAGGAGGAGGAGGAGGAGGAGGGAGGGGACCCGCAUCGGCUGGCGAGGGGGCUGCGAGAAGCGCGAAAGGCUCUCCGGCAGCUGCGGAGGGAAAACGCGGAGCUGCGUGCACUGCGCGCCGAGGAGCGACAGCAAGCGAGCGAGGCGCAGUACGGGGAGGCGGAGAAGAAGCAGCUCAUGAAGACCAUCCGGCUGCUGGCCAAGGAGAGACGUACGUCCCAGCACGUCAUGAACCUCACCAAGUUCAAGGCCGAAAUGCGCGCCCUCGAGCUCGAAGCCGAGCUCCACCAGGAGAGGACCCUUAGACGUCGUGCCGAAACCCAGGCCCUCUCCCACCACGCCCACCAUGCCCACCACGCCCACGCCCACGACGACGACGACCAGGCACCGGAGAUGGCCACCUCCGGUGGGAUCGCCGGGGAGAGCCCGAUCGAGGAUCAUCCUGGUGGCCACCCUCCGGACGGCAAAGCUCCCCUCGGCGUCGGCGGCGGCACCGGCGGCAGCGCCACGGAAGACCACUCGGACCUCGCUCGCAGACUUGAGCGGGAGCUGGCGCAGGAGCGGCAAGAGAAGCACGAACUCAGGCAGCUGUACGGCAAACGGAUCGCCGAACUCGAAGCGCUCGUGGAGCGCCUCCAGGAAGAGGGCAAGCCGGCCUCAGCACACAAGCGGCAGGAUCGCAUCAACCACCACAGCACGGACGUUGACGAUGUUGACGACGAGAUGGACGCCCUCCACUCCUCGCUCGAGAUGUCGCGCGCUGUUUCCCGAGAACACGGCCUCGCCCUCAUCUGCCCUCCACCAGGAGUUGAGGGAGGGGCAUCGCACGCCGUGAAUCCGGUGGUCGUGCAGGCCAUGAAUCACACCCUCUCCCGACUUCUGCAUUCGUCUCGGUUGGUGUCCUGGCGGGACGUGGCCGAAUUCAGUGCGGUGCUCAAGUCCGACCUCGGCCGUCGCCAAUUUGCCAAUUCCCUGACCGCUUUUGUGCGCAAACUGAGCGUUACCUGUCUUUCGAAACCCUCCUUCGAUCUGUUGGUGAACAUCUGCCGCACUAUGACAGAGGAGAUGCAUCGCGCCACUGACGCUGAUGUGGUGCUGCGGCAUAGGGAGUGGGUGACGGCGAGCGAGCUGAUGCGGGUGGCGGAGAGGGUGUGCUACCGGGAGCAGAAGAAGAAGGGCAGGGCGGUGGAUGUGCAUCUGCUGCACUUCCUCAAGGCGAGUCCGGUGUGGUGCAGCCGAGCGCUUUGGGAAGCCAACUUCUGGGACACGCUGGCGAGGCUGCAGCAGCAGCAGCAGCAGGAGGAGGAGCUCGCGACCGCAGCAGGCGACGCCUCCGAGUCCUCCCACACUCGCUCGCGCUCGGAGAGCGAAGCAGCAGGGCGAGGGGGUGGGGCGGAGAAGGCGCAACAGGUGGCGGGGAGCAACAAGAUCAUGAGCAAGGAGCGGUCGGCCCGCACCAUGCUGGGCAUCUUUGGUGGCAUGAUGAGCAAGCAGAACGACAAGCUUGGUGACCGCACUUCGCGGAACGACUCGGCCAAGCCGGCCUCCCGCGACGACGAGCCGGCCUCCCGCGAACUUGCCCCCCUCAAGGACCCCCGGAAGAAGCUGCACGACCAACGAGAGGAGUGGGAAGUGAGCGGCGACAUGGCCAUCGUCAGUCUAGGCGACAAGGAGGCCAGAGCGGAGCAGGCCCUCUUCGUCGCCGCUCUGCAACGCGUGGGCGAGCAGAUGGUCGACUGGGACCUGCCCUCGCCCUUCCUCCACGACGCCCUCUCCGCUCUCUGCCGCCUCUUCUCCCUCCCCGCCUCCGCCUACAACGACCUCCUGCAACAUGUGCACCUCUACGUGGACGACCCCACGCGCAAAAAGGAGGAGAAACGAAUGCUCAAGCGCACCAAAGCCGAGGACGACCGUCGGAAGAAAGAGGAGGACAAGGAGAACGAGCGGCUGCAAAAGCAGUGGAAGGAAGAGGAGAGGCGGACCAAGGGGCUGAAGGGCGCGGAGGAGCGGUAUGGCGGGGCCGAGGCUCGCGGGGGAGGAGGAGAUGAGGGGAGCGGCGAUGGCAGAGGACGAGAUGAACACGGCAGCUCGUCGUCGUCGUCGUCGGGAGCGUCGCUCGUCUCGGGCAAGUCGCGGGGCAAAUCGUUCCGCAAGCGGAAGGACAAGAAGGAGGAGGCCGUCGGCAGCAGUGGUAGGGGGAAGGAGAAGGCUCUCAAGAAACAACAAGCUGCUGCGAGGGAGAGCCCGGCACCGGCUGACGACACCACGCCGCCUGCUGCUGCUGCCGCCGGCGGUGACGGCGGUGACCUCGGUGGCGGUGACCUCAGUGGCGGUGCCGCCGUGGCGACCACGGAGGGCUGCGGACCGGGGGGCGACGUAGUGGGGGGCAUCCUCAAGCUCUCGGGGAACAGCCGCAAGGCGCGCAAGGGCGGCGACAAGAAGCCCCUCUCAGGGGGCACCAAGAUCACCUUCGCCCCACGUGUGGAGACAGCCACCGCCACCACCAGCACCACCAGCACCACCAGCACCAGCACCACCAGCACCAGCAGCACCACCAACACUCCGACCAACCCCCACCACCAGCACCACCACCGCCGCCAUGACCAUCUUGACCCCGAGCAAACCCCCGAGGACGGCCCAGGCGAUACCAUAGACAGCCAAAAGAACAUCGGCGAGCCGGUGGCGGCGCAGAUGGAUCCUCUGGGCCAGCACGCAAGCAAAGAAGACGACGACGACCACGAGGAGGAGGAGGAGCAGGCAGCGGCGGCAGGGGCAGGGUUGACCAGCCAGCAGCAGCAGCGCAAAGGGAAGGGCCAUUCGCGAAGUCGGAGCGUGGGAACCUUCAUUCCAAGCCUCUCGCUCAACCCGUUCCUGCGUCGCGACGAGGACGAUGCCGGCGGCGGCAAGGUGGACCAUGGCCGCAGCUUCCCAUCACUGCUGUCGCCUCGACGAAUCAUUGCAUCACGCGAUCGCGACAGGGAGCUCGAGCGGGAGAAGGAGAAGCGAGAGAAGGAGCUGCGAACCUUCCUGGGCCACAACUACGGUAUCCUCGCCUCGCCUCACGACAAAAAGAGGCCCGCCGCCGCCGCCGACGACGACCCUGAUGACGCCCGACGACGCGUCUUUCACGUGCCCCUCCGCACGCUGCUCCAGCGGGACGGGACCCCCCUUCCUCGCCUCGCCGCCGACGCCAUCAGUGCCCUUCACCGCGAAGAGGCGUUGACCACCGUGGGGAUCUUCCGAGUCACCAGCGCGCAGUCAGAGAUCGACGACCUGGUGUCCCUCCUCGAUGCCGGCGUGAGCGUGCACACGGUUGCGUCUCUACUCAAGCGCUUCCUCAAGUGUCUGCCAGAGCCGCUGUUGUCGUGGCAGUUGUACCCGCGCUUCCUGUCGGUAGCCAGCCUUGGCGAUCCGGUGGAGAGGUUGCGCGAGCUGCGGGUGCUCGUCAAUCUUCUGCCGACAGAGAACAGGUCGCUGCUGGGCGACCUCACCCGGCUGCUGGUCGACAUUGCUUCCCGAGCGGCUGUCAACAAGAUGAACGCCACCAAUCUCGCCACAGUCAUUGGGCCGACCCUGCUCUACUCCCAGCCGGACUCGGAGGAGGCUAGCUCUGACUCUCUCCUGGGCAACAUGAACGCAGCCAACCUCGUCGUGGAGAGCAUUAUCGCCUUCCACGCCGAGCUCUUCGGUACGCCCGCACGCGAGCCAAACAGCACGAGCGUGCCACAGCCCACGGACGAUGCCACCACGCGCAACACCCUGCCCGCAGACGCCGCCGGUCGCCAGGAGGUCAAAGGCGGAGGAUCAACUGACGCCGCCCGUGAGCUUCCAGGUCUCAACGAAACUGCCGUCUCUCGCCUGCGCAGUGUACGGGAUCAGUGGCGUAAACGGGAAACUAGCUCAGGUGAGCGACUGGCCACAAAGUCGAAGGACGUGUAA